UAUUCAUUUUCAAGCUUUGUUCAUCUUUCAUCCCUUUCUUCAAUAUGCAUCUUUCUCUGGUUCUCUGUUUUUCCCCAGCAAUGGAGAAAUCAAGCAAAAGAAGUAAUUUUUCCCUUCAAAACCUCGUAUUUCUCCUGCAUCUUUUUCUCUUCUUCCUCAUUGAAUACCUCGCCGUUCCUGUUACAGGAGAUACCCCUGUACAAAACAUCACGAUUGAUUGUGGUUCUUCCACGGGUGGCACAUCUCAAGAUCAACGUCCUUGGCUCGGAGAUGGCAAUGGGAAAUUCAGCCCCAUAGAGCAACCGAACAAUAAGAACAAGUCAUUAGCGAUUCCAUCUCAAUCGCCCUCAAAAGUUGAUCCGGUCCCUUACUCCACAGCUCGUGUAUCUAACUCAGAGUUCACCUACUUAAUUCCCCUCACCACAGGGCCAAAGUUCAUUCGCUUCUACUUCUAUCCAACUUCAUAUUCAGGCUUUGGAGACCUUUCUAAUAAAGCUUUCUUCUCUGUUAAAGCUGGCCAGUUUACCCUUCUUCGGAAUUUCAGCGCUGUACUUCAUGCUCGAGGUGAACUUACACUCGUCAAAGAAUAUUGUGUAAACGUUGAUGAAGGUCAGAGGUUAAACUUAACUUUCAUCCCAAGUCCUGAUAUCACUGGUUCUUAUGCCUUCAUCAAUGGAAUCGAAGUUGUUUCCAUGCCAGCCAAUCUAUAUUAUAGAGCACCCAAUUAUGAAGAUGGAGUACCUUUUCUGGGCCAGGCCCAGGGAAAAUCAUACCCCCUAGGAAACGACACUGCCAUUGAGCUGAUGUAUCGAGUCAACGUUGGUGGGAGGGAAAUCUCGCCAGGAGAAGAUACUGGGAUGUUCCGGCACUGGAUAUAUGAUCGCGAUUAUUUGACAAUAGCGAAACCAAGUGCUCUUCCUGUUAAUAAGAGUAUUAAUCUCACCUUCAGCAGUAUCCCAUCGUUCUCUGCUCCAAGGGAGCUUUAUCUAACUGCGAGGUCCAUGGGCAGGAACAAGACCGAGAAUGACAACUACAAUCUGACAUGGGAGUUUCCUGUUGAUUCCGUGUUCGAUUACUUGGCAAGGUUACAUUUUUGCGAGUUCGAGAGAGAGAUAACGAAACAAAGUGAUAGAGUCUUUGAGAUUUUCUUGGCUAAUUUAACUGCGGAAACUGAAGCAGAUGUUAUAGAAUGGAGUGGCGGAAACGGGUUUCCAGUGUAUCGGGAUUAUGUAGUGGCAAUAGGAAACGAAGGAAAUCAAAAGCAGCAAAAUCUCUCUAUUGCUUUGCAUCCUUCGCCAGCUUGGAGAACUCAUUAUUCUGAUGCAAUAUUGAAUGGGGUAGAAAUCUUCAAAUUGAGCAAAGAUUUGGUUUUAGCCGGACCUAAUCCUGAUCCAAUCCUGAUAAAUAAACAAGGAAAUGCACCACCAACCUCAAGCAAAUCCAAGGACGACAAGAAAGCAGUAUUCGGCAUUGUGGGGGGCGUAAUAUCGGGCUUCGUUGUUCUUUCUCUUCUUUGUUUCUUCAUUUUCCUUCGAAAUAUGAGAGUCAAAGAUACCGGUUCCAAUAAGGGAGUUUUACAGUUGACUCAGGUUUCCUCUACAAUGAAAUCAUCCAAACCAACCGAGCCUCGUGGCUCAUCUCUGCCUUCUGAUCUUUGUCGCUGCUUUUCACUAGCUGAGAUCAAAGGAGCCACCAACAACUUCGACGAUGUUUUCAUUAUUGGUUUCGGAGGCUUCGGCAACGUGUACAAAGGAUUCAUCGAUGGUGGUGCUACCCAAGUUGCAAUCAAGCGGUUGAACCCGGGGUCUCAACAAGGUGUUCAUGAAUUCCGGACUGAGAUCGAGAUGCUUUCCCAGCUACGCCACAUUCACUUGGUCUCAUUGAUAGGCUACUGCAACGAUGGAGGCGAGAUGAUCCUCGUAUAUGAUUACAUGUCCCAUGGGACACUUCGUGAUCAUCUUUACAACACCGACAACCCUCCACUUCCAUGGAAACAAAGGCUAGAAAUUUGUCUUGGUGCAGCAAUUGGGUUGCAGUAUCUUCACUCAGGUGCUAAGCACACAAUCAUUCAUCGAGACGUCAAGACAACAAAUAUCCUGUUGGAUGAGAAAUGGGUGGCUAAGGUUUCGGAUUUCGGGUUGUCUCGAAUUGGCCCCACGAACAUGUCCCAAACCCAUGUCAGUACGGUAGUUAAAGGCAGCUUUGGUUAUUUGGAUCCCGAGUAUUCCCGUCGUGGACAGCUAACUGAAAAAUCCGAUGUAUACUCAUUUGGGGUGGUCCUUCGUGAAAUUUUAUGUGCUAGGCCACCACUCAGCCGCUCGGCCGAGAAGGCUCAGAUAAGCUUAGCACAAUGGUUUCAACAAUGCCAUCAAAAUGGAACACUUGACAAAAUCAUCGAUCCAUUUUUGAAAGGUAAGAUUGUACCCGAGUGUUUGAAAAAGUUCACUGAAGUGGUAAUGAAUUGCUUAGAUGAUGAAGGAACAGAGAGGCCAUCGAUGGAUGGUGUCGUAUGGGGCCUACAGUUCGCACUGCAAUUGCAAGAACUUGUGGAGGAGGGGCUUACGGAAAAUGCCGGUGCCGGCAUCCAAGGAGACAUCAUUGCGGAGACCCCUUAUACAGGCUACGAAAUGGAAGAUGACAGUGGGGAAGUGUUCAGUAGCAUUGGCAGUCAUGUCAUGAAUUCCAAGAGCAUUAGUACUUUCAGUUUAACAACAAGUGAUGAACAAAGUUUUAUGACAAAGGAUUCUGAUAAAAACUUGUCCAAGGCUGUGUUUUCUGAGAUUAGAGAUCCCCAAGGGCGAUGAUCGAAACAUAAAAGCUUGUUGAUGAGGAAUCUUGAGAGUAAUGCCAAGUUCAUUUGAGAAAGGUCCAAUAGAUAUUUUCCAGAAAAAGAAAUCGUAUUUCAAUAGUAGAUAUUUCAAGGUAGUUUCAUGUAA